CGGCAGUUGCUCGCUCGUUCGUCGUACAGAAAGAAAACGUCGAUCUCCUCCUCCCCGCCACACGAUUGGCGUGGUUUCUGUCACAGUCGACCUCCCCGUGCCCGCGUUCGCGACCUUUUCCUACGAAAAUCAACACGCCCAAUUUCACAUUUUUUCUACCCAUCUACGGAACUAACAUUUGGCGCCAAAAAGGGCCGAAUUUCCAAAAGUCACAAGACCGAAAAGUGGAUUUUUUUUAUCGUUAACGUAUGACGAAACCGUUUUCGAUCAUCGACAUCAGUGGCGCCGCGCCUAUAGUUUUUAACACUCCUUUGUGUUCGUUUAACUUGAUGGAAAAAUAAUGCCUAGGGACACUUUCGUAGGAUGAACAGUGAGGAGGGUCAGCAACAGAUAAAAGUAGAAUACGUAAUAGAAACAGGAAAUCCAGCCACAGCUUCAUCGGAAUCUCAUCACGGUUUGGUGACGAACGUCGUGUCUCCCUCUCCCCUAGCCCUGUUGGCCGCCACCUGUAGCCGUAUCGGUCCGACGGACAUCCAUCAAAACCAAAUCAACAUGUCGUCCACAACUCCAACUCCUCAAAACCAGCAACAACAGCAGGUCAAACAACAACAGCAACAACAACAACAAGCGACCGUGACCGUUCAACAAACCCCACAAGCGCAGCCUCAACCGCAGGUUGUAAGUGUCCCAAUAGGAGCAGGAGUAACUGCUCAGCAAUUGCAACAGCAGCUGUUACAGCAACAGGCGGCAAAUCAACUGAUGGCCGCGGCCGGUCAAAACUUGACCGGGUACAGCAUCGUUCAAGCCCCCGCAGGAGUACAGACCCUCAGUGUAGAUGGGCAGGAGGCCAUUUUUAUUCCAGCCAUGAGUUUGGCAGGAGGACAACAACCUCAACAGAUAUUCAGUCCAGGCCAAAUCAUACGAGCUCCCGCGGGCAUGACGAUACCCACGUCAGCAGCCAAUAUACCCACGACCGUUCAACUGUCCAACGGACAGAGUGUACAGGUACGCCAGGCUGCACAACCCCAAGUUUUUCAAUUUCCCAUGCAGCAAACCAUUCCGGUACAAAUACCCAUUUCUUCCGGUAACGGACAGACCGUUUAUCAGACUGUACACUUUCCUGUUCAGUUUGCAAAUACAACAGCAGUUCCCAACAUUAUACAGGCGGCACAACCUCAAGUAAUACCGCAGAUAGCCAACAUCUUGACUCCCUCAGGACAAAUACAGCAAAUUCAAAUAGCUGUGCCUCAGCAAGCACAACAACAACCACAACAACAGCAGCAGCAGCAGCAGCAGCAACAACAACACCAACAGGCUCCGAAUACUUCGGUAGCUCAGCAAGUUAUUACUGCAGGCGACUCUGGGGCUCAGUUAACUUUUACUAUAGCCAACGGUCAACAAUUUACGAUACCCGUUUCAAACUUACAAAACUUACAGCAAGUGAGGACAGUAAAUAAUAUCGGAGGACUGGGCAACAUUAUCCAGAUUCCAAGUAUCCAAACUGCCGUACCUACCAUUCAAAACAUCCCAGGUCUCGGAAAUGUUCAAGUGAUAACUCAACAUCAGCCUCAAAUCGCCGUCGGUCAACACAUUCAGCAGGACCCGAACGAUCCCAAUAAAUGGCAAAUAAUUCCACAAUUGCAAACCACCACUGCUGCCGCUGCUACACCUCAACAAUCUCAUCAGGUGGCCACUCCUAUUAGUGUAACAACAGUAGAAGCUCCACAGUCUGCUACGAACUUAGGAAGCGAAACUGGGGGAGAACAAAAGCAAAAGGUGAGAAGAAGGGCGUGCACGUGUCCAAACUGUCAAGAAGGAGAGCGACACUCUGAUAGAAAGAAACAGCACAUUUGUCAUAUCCCGGGUUGUAAUAAGGUUUAUGGGAAAUCCAGUCAUUUACGAGCGCAUUUGCGAUGGCACACAGGUGAAAGACCGUUCGUCUGCAACUGGUUGUUUUGCGGAAAACGUUUCACCCGUUCUGAUGAACUUCAACGUCACAGAAGAACUCACACCGGAGAAAAACGGUUUCAGUGUGGCGAAUGCCAUAAGAAGUUUAUGCGAUCCGACCACUUGUCGAAGCAUUUGAAGACUCAUCAAAAGCAAAAACUUACAGUGCAGCAAGACAAGGAAGUCGAUGAGGAGGCUUGGGAGGUGCAGGAGGACUCCACCGAACCUCAGAUUAAUGAAGAUCAAAAGAACGCAGUGUGGAUAACAGACAGCAAGAGUAACAUUAAAUAUUCAAUCACUCAUUUGAACUAUUCACAGGAAGCAGCAACGUCCACCCAACAAUCGGCCUCGUCGGAAAGUUCCAACGAAGAUGGUGAUAAAAUGAUGAUCACAAUCAGCGCUGCCGAAACCGACGAAUUAAUCAUCGCUGAUCCUUUGGAGAGCUGAAACGAUCGUACCGUUUACUUUAUAAAUACAAAUUGUAAAUACGAUUCUAACUAAAUACGGUACUAUUUUUUAUACAAGUGAUCGAACUGUAUAAAUUGAGCCACUCGAAAGAUAUAAUCAAUCUUUUGGUUUUUUUUUUAAAGACAAAAUAAUUAUAUUAUGAAAGCGAUAGCGGGCUGUGAUUAAAAUAACUUUGUAGGUUUUAGGUUAAGAUUUAUUUAAUCUUAUAUACUGUUAUCUGUAUCUUAUAAUACUGUAAGUUAUUUAAUUAUAAAUAACUUACAGUAUUAAGUUUAAUUUUACUGUUUCAGAUCUUAAUAUAUAUGUAUAUUUAUUUUUAUUCCCUAAACAUGUAUAGAAAUAUAAUUUCUACAAAUAAAGUUAGAUGUUUUUA